ACUGUCGGCCAUGCAGACUCAGAUCCAUCAGCUUAAGUCUGGCUGGGACCUUAAAGUCAACACUCUGGAGGAUCAGCUCAGGAGGGAGCAGGUGGAGCAAGAGACCUGCCUUCAACAAAUCAAGGAGCUGAAGAGUGUGGUUAAAGCCACGGAGAAGAAGUGGCUCAAUUUGCAGGAAGACGUGCAUAGGAAUGUUGAGCUCAUGGAAAAACUGACGGCCAUGCCGACUCAGAUCCAUCAGAGUGAUACUGACUGGGACGUUAGAGUCAACAAUCUGGUUAAAGCCACGGAGAAGACGUUGCUCAAGUUGCAGGAAGACUCCCAAAUAAAAUCUGAGAAGAUGGAUGAGGAUAUCAAGUUCCUAAUUGUGAAAUCUAUUAAGCUUCAGGAGCUGGCCCUCAUGUCAGACAGCGACAAGGCCAGAAGAAGGAGGGAUGAAAGAAAAGCUCAGAAGGAGGAAGAAAAGAGACUAAAGAAGGAGCUGAAAGAGAAGAAGGAGCAGGAGAAGAGAGAGAUAAAGCAAAGAGAGAAGGAGGCGAAGAAGGAGAAGAGAAAGACGACUUCUCACCUCCCUUCACCCUGUUAACCCCCUUCACCUCUCCCAUCCUUCCACGCCCCUAAUCCUGUCUCCCAUCCCCUCAUCCCAACUGCCCUCCUCCAC